AUGAGAAGUGCACCCAGGCCAGCGCCCGCAGCUCAGCCACCCGCAGCGGCUCCACCAUCUGCCUUUGGCUCCCCUGCUGCUGCUUCCCAGCAGCCAGGUCUGAUGGCCCAGAUGGCAACCACUGCAGCCGGCGUGGCUGUGGGUUCUGCCAUCGGCCACACUCUGGGUCAUGCCCUCCCUGGUGGCUUCAGUGGAGGAAGUAAUGCUGAGCCCUCAAGGCUUGACAUCACUUACCAGGAGCCUCAGGGAACCCAGCCUGCACAGCAGCAGCAGAGUGGCCCAUGCUUUUUUGAGGUGAAACAGUUUUUGGAGUGUGCCCAGAACCAGGGUGACCUUAAGCUGUGUGAAGUUUUCAGCGAGGUGCUGAAAACAGUGCAGAUUGGCGAACAGGUUAGCUUCAUUAAGAAGUUCCAAUUGGAGGCAUGAAAAAUCAUCUCUCAUGACCACGUUGGUUUAGCAUUAAAAAUAUAAUUGAUAGUGAAGAUAUAAAGUGUGAAGCCACCAGUUAAACCU